CAGUACGCCGAGAUUUACCGAGAGAGAAAAAUGUACGACCCCCCGCGAAGGCUCUACUCGGUCUCUUUUCACUGGCCGCCAUCUUGGUGUAGGCCGGCAUCACAAUGGGGAAGUUCCUGAAGUCAGGGAAAGUCGUCCUCGUCCUGAAAGGGAAGUAUGCAGGCAGGAAAGCUGUCAUCGUGAAGAACUAUGAUGAGGGUACCCACGACAGACCCUAUGGCCAUGCGCUGGUGGCCGGCAUGGACCGCUACCCUCGCCGUGUGACUGCCAGGAUGGGCAAGAAACGCCUGGCCAAGAGGUCCAAGGUCAAGGCUUUCGUUAAGGUGUGCAACUACAACCACAUCAUGCCCACAAGAUACUCCGUUGAUGUUCCACUUGACAAGGGCCUCAUCAACAAGGAUGUGUUCAGGGAUCCUGCGCUGAAACGCAAGGCGAAGCGGGAAGCCAAACUCAAGUUUGAGGAGAGAUACAAGACCGGCAAGAACAAGUGGUUCUUCCAGAAGCUACGCUUCUAGAUGAUAUUAUAAUAAAAUCUGUCGUAUUCCGUUGGAGACAU